AAUAUAAAAUUAAAUUAAAUUAAAGCUUUACAAAAAAAAUAUUGAAAAAUUUACUAUUAUUACAGAUUCGAUUUAUGAUUGCGGUUAUGGUUCAAGAGUGUUUGAGAUUCGUGGGAAAAGUCUACUGAUUGAGUUACAGCCACGGAAAUUUUGUGUUAUGAGCCAAAAUUUAGCAGGAAUACCCGGCACGCGACUUCACGUGGACGUAGAGAAUAUGUUUGAAUGCUAUUGUGAGUUGAAUUGCCCAACAUUUGCCACCAACAACAAUCAAAAUUACAACAACCAAAACCAAAAUAAUCAAAAUUUAGCAACAAUAACGGCAAAGUAUCCCACGAAUUUUCGUGAUGACAAAAUUCUAAAGAUGGUUCAAUUAUUUGCUUUUAUUCCUUGUGAGUCUGAGAGCGAUGCAGUCGGCACAUUUUCCUUUGUGCUGACAGCUGAAGAUUUCCUAUGGCGAUUCUGCUUUUGCCGUUAUAAUUUGGAUGUAAAUUCUAUUAUGGUGAUACUUUCCCGCCUGCCCUGGCAUGAUACCUUCUUCAAAAUGCUCUCUACGCUUACGGAUCUUAAGGGCCGAAAUUCAAAUGAAUUUAAUUCAUUUCUCACGAGUUGUUAUAAGGCAAAAGUGCCAACACGGGGAGAGAUGACGCUUGUUGCGAUUGGCGGGAGUCGCAGGGUCUUUGCACUGGAACAGCCAUCGUUUUAUAAGUUGCCUGCUAUUCCCGAUAAUCACAAUUUAACUGUAUUUUAUCAGUCGGCAACGCCUAAAAAUAUGUUAGCUUUAAUAGCAUCACUCAUGCAAGAACGUCGCAUUAUAAUCACAUCUAGUAAGCCGGAUAGACAUUCUGCGUGUGUACAAGCCGCUAAUGCAUUACUCUAUCCUAUGGAAUGGCAACAUAUCUUUAUACCAAUAUUACCAAUGCAAUUACGCGACUACCUUAUGGGGCCCAUGCCCUAUCUGAUUGGUGUCCAUACCUCUGUGCUAGACACGAUUUGCAGAGGCGAGCUUGGUGAUGCGAUCAUUUUCAACUGUGACCUGGGCACUUAUGAAAGUUGUCGUGAUGACGUUCAGUUAUUGCCGAAACAUAUAGUGUUGGAUGUGAAAAAUGACUUGAGGCAGGCACACCAAAAACGUGGUGAAUACAUUUCAUAUGUCUUUCUUGUAAUGAUGGUGCGUUUGUUGGGUCAUUAUCGCGAUGGCAUUAAAUUUGAAUCGGAUGCCAUAUUCAGUGAAGCUGCCUUUCUGUCUAAACGACAUCCGUCAAAACGUAAAUUUCUACGUACAUUUUUGUACACUUCAAUGUGUGUUCACUUCGUCGCAACACGCUUAAGUAUGCUGAGACAGGAACCGGUGAUAUGGGAUCGAUUUGAAAUGGAGUGUGCCUUGCAUUCGCAACACAAGAAGCGACGUUGCUGCGGUCGUUCUAAGAAAAAAUUUAAAGAAACUAAUGAAAUAUAUUUACCACUAAAUAGUUUUCAAAAUCAAUUAUUUAAAUGUUUGGAAGUAACGGAGUCAAUUAAAUUAGAAUUAGAACGUUUGAGAAAAUCCAAAGAAUACGAAAAUGCCAAAACGCAUGCCGAUAUGAGGGAAUUAUUUGAGAGUCUGCGUCACAUACUAGUAUAUGGCUCUUCAGCAUACAGCAGUCUGCAGGCACAAAAUGCCGAGGAAUUGAAAAAUCUGGGAUACACGGAAAUCCAUGCAAAAUCAAGAUCAACUGACAUGGCAAUUCCAGAGAAAAUGGGUAGCUCUAAAACACGCUACAGCGGCUGAAUUCGCUGAUCAAGAAAAUCAAUUUUGAGUUCAUGUAAAAUUAAAUUGAAGCAAAAAUAUAAGUUGUGUUUGGAUAAAGGCCUUUUCUC